CGAUGGCGAGGCUGACGGGCACCCGGCCCCCAGCUGCCCGCCGCUGGGGCUGCGCUGCCACCGCUUUCCUCCUCCUCCUCCUCACCGUGCAGGCUGCUCAGAAAGCUGACCUUGGCGGCGAUGCCACUGCAGCCACCAUCAACCACUCACUGACGCUGCUGCAGAGGCUGCAGGAGCUGCUGCAGAACGGCAACAGCAGCGACUCGGUGCUGCGGGUGCGCACGGCCGCCUCUGAUGAGGCCAAAGUCUUCCACACCCACCAGCUGCUGCUCAGCCUCCAGAGCGAGGUCUUCGAGGGGCUCCUGCGCAAUCAGAGUGUUGUCACCCUGUAUGAGCCGCCUGAAACUGCCGCGCUCUUCGAGAAGUUCAUCAGGUACCUGUACUGCGGAGGGGUUUCCCUCCUACUGCACCAAGCCAUCCCCCUCCACCAGCUGGCCAGCAAGUACCGGGUGUGGGGGCUGCAGCGUGGCGUGGCCGACUACAUGAGGAGCCACCUGGCCAGCGAGUCGAGCCAGGGCCACGUGGUGGGCUGGUACCACUAUGCUGCACGCAUCGGGGACACGGCGCUGCAGGAGAGCUGCCUGCAGUUCCUGGCCUGGAACCUGUCGUCCGUGCUCGGCAGCGCCGAGUGGGCUUCGGUCAGCGUGGAGCUGCUGCUGCUGCUGCUGGAGCGCUCCGACCUGGUGCUGCACAGCGAGCUGGAGCUCUACACCGCUGUGGAGGCCUGGCUGGCCCGGCGGCAGCCCGAGGACGCUGUGGCUGAGCGGGUGCUGCGUGCCAUCCGUUACCCCAUGAUCGCGCCCAGCCAGCUGUUCCGGCUGCAGACGCAGUCGGCGGUGCUGGUGCGGCACUACAGCGCGGUGCAGGACCUGCUCUUCCAGGCCUUCCAGUUCCACGCCGCGUCCCCUCUGCACUUUGCCAAGUACUUUGACGUCAACUGCAGCAUGUUUCUGCCCCGCAACUACCUCGCACCCAGCUGGGGCUCCCAGUGGGUCAUCAACAACCCGGCACGGGAUGACCGCAGCACCAGCUUCCAGACCCAGCUUGGGCCCAGCAGCCACGACUCCGGCAAGCGGGUGACCUGGAACGUGCUCUUCUCUCCACGCUGGCUGCCCGUCAGCCUGCGCCCCGUCUACUCGGACUCGGUGUCCAGCGCCAUCCAACCGGUGCGCAUCGAGGACGGCCGCCCGCGCCUCGUUGUCACCCCGGCCACCAGCAGCCCCGACUUCGCUGGUGUCAGCUUCCAGAAGACGGUGCUGGUGGGUGUGCGGCAGCAGGGCCGCAUCUUUGUCAAGCAUGCCUACAGCUUCCACCAGAGCUCGGAUGAGACGGCUGACUUCCUUGCCCAUGCCGACCUGCAGAAGCGCACCUCCGAGUACCUCAUCGACAACGCCCUGCACCUGCACAUCAUCAUCAAGCCUGUCUACCACUCCCUCAUCAAGGUGAAGAAGUAGUGGGGCUGUGGGCAUGGGGCUCUGCCUCUUUGUCCCCUCUCUGUAGGUAGAAGGGGGCUCCUCUGCUGCCUGCCUCUUCCUGCUGUCCCCCAUGCCAUCCCUGGGUGCCUGCAGAGAGCACAGCGAAUGUGCAACCGUGUGGCGUGGGGACGCAGGGACGGCCCCUGCAGUGCUACCUCUGCACUGACAUGGCUGCAGCUUGGGGUGUGUUGGGAUGGGGGUCCAGCUGCCUCCCCCAGCAGAGGACACUUGUGGAGCGCAGCGCCUUGUUCCUGCCUGGGUUUCUUUCACCUCCUUCCUAAU